GUUGAGUUGGCUUCCCAACAAGUUAUCCUUGUUUAACUGGUCUCUCGCAGCACCUAUCCUCUUUUGUAAGUGAAUUACUGCUGUUGGAAAGGAAAGUUUAGACCGAUUUUCGAGUGGACAUUUGAUUUCUGGACGUCUGAUAUUAUUUAUAGUAUUAGAUCAAAAUGUCUGCCCCCGAUAAAGAUGAACUAGUUCAAAGGGCUAAGCUUGCCGAGCAAGCCGAACGCUAUGAUGAUAUGGCCUCAGCGAUGAAAUCUGUAACGGAAACAGGAGUAGAACUCAGUAAUGAAGAAAGGAACCUCCUCUCUGUUGCUUACAAAAAUGUUGUCGGUGCCAGACGGUCAUCGUGGAGAGUUAUUUCUUCUAUUGAACAAAAGACUGAAGGAUCAGAACGCAAACAACAGAUGGCCAAAGAAUACAGAGAAAAAGUAGAAAAAGAAUUAAGAGAGAUCUGCGAUGAUGUUCUUGGACUUCUGGACAAAUACCUGAUCCCCAAAGCCAGCAACGCAGAAUCAAAAGUAUUUUACCUUAAGAUGAAAGGUGAUUACUACAGGUACCUCGCAGAAGUUGCCACAGGAGAUACAAGAAAUACUGUCGUGGACUACUCGCAAAAAGCAUACCAGGAUGCUUUUGAAAUUUCAAAGGCCAAAAUGACACCAACACAUCCAAUCAGAUUGGGUCUCGCACUAAACUUCUCAGUUUUCUACUAUGAGAUAUUAAAUUCACCCGAUAAAGCUUGUCAGUUAGCAAAACAGGCCUUCGAUGAUGCAAUAGCAGAGUUGGACACAUUAAAUGAAGACUCCUAUAAGGACAGCACCCUUAUCAUGCAGCUCCUCCGAGAUAACCUCACACUCUGGACGAGUGAUACGCAAGGUGAAGCAGAUGAGCCUCAGGAGGCGGGUGAUAAUUGAAGUGUGGCGUCCGUUUUUAAAACUAUUCGUUAAAAUGAAAUUUCAUGUAAGUUAACGUAUUCGUGGAACUUGGUUGUGAAGUUUCAUUGACAGUUUAAGUUUCACACGAUGAAACUUUUGAUAUUUAACAAUGUUUUUAGGAGAUAUGUAAAUCGUUAAAUUAUAUUUCACAUUUUCACACAACCAGCAUAAUUUCCGCAACAAAUAUUUGAGCCAUUUAAUAUAUACAUAUUUGUACGUGUGUAUAUGUAUAAAUAUAUAUAUACACACACAUACUUAUAUACAUACAUUGUUUUUUCUCAUUCUUGCUGAUAGUUGUGUGAUUAAAUGUCAAUUCUCUGCAUCAAUUUGUUUUUAUAUUAUACUAGAAGGUUUUUAAUUUUAUAUGUUAUAUAUAUAUCUAUCUCCUUCAUGAAGUGUACGUUUAAUUGAAAUUUCAGCACUUUUUAAGUUCUAACUUGUUAACUAUUAAAUUUAUUAUUUAAUAACAUUGUUUUAGUUUCUCUUUUUUUAUUUUGUACUUUUCCAUUGUUAAACAUCUCCAAAAAAAAAAAAAGAAUAUACCUAUUACCUCUUUAUACUUUAAAAAGCCUUUACCUUUAGUCCACAAAAUUUAUUUGCACUCCGCUGCAUGGGCUCGUUUCAGCCUGCCCCCUAAAUCCCCCUAUGUUUACCGUCAACACUCACUUUGGAUGUGCUAUAUAUAAAUGUAUGAAUAUGUAUUAAAAUAAAAUGCUAUCAAGCUCUAUUUGUUUUCUGUUGUAUCUGUCAAGUAUAAUUGUCAGAUAUGAAUAAAUUUUUCAAAACUCG